UGUGUUGGUGUCGCAUAAUGAAUACGUAGGAGGAAAUAUCUGUUUUGCAUUCUUUCUAACGUCUUUGCACUCCUAAAUGACAAAAUUGGUAGCUAACUACGUGUUUAUUUGAAGUGAAAAUGAGAGCAACAUACAAAACCUUUUUCGUAUUUUAUGUCUUGAUAUCGAAUGUUUUUGUGAACGCGUUCGAACCAAUCUCAACCACAUUUGUCGGUUUGGGAUUUACAGCAGUGGGGCGGAAAAUGUACAAUUAUGUAUAUGGUGAAAGUUGCGAUUCAAAAUGGAUUACUUUUAAUUCAACAGAACUCGGAUGUUCAGUGGGAGGUUUUCAAGUGAUGUAAGACUCUGGUCGUGUUUGGAAGUGGCUCUAGAUCAGAAAUUGUUUGGUCAACAUGUUGCCUCCAGAGUCAUCCAGAAAGCUGUAACGGGUUUCAUGAACAAUAAAAAACCCAAAAAGCCCCUGGUGCUCUCUCUACAUGGCUGGACUGGCACAGGGAAGAACUUCAUCAGCCAGUUGAUAGCUGAAAACCUCUACAAGGAGGGCAUGGCCAGCAGUUUCAUCCAUCAGUUUGUUUCUACAGCUCACUUCCCUCAUCUGAGUCAGAUUGAGGACUACAAGUCUGAACUGCAACAGUGGGUAAAAGGCAAUGUCACCAACUGCCCACGUUCCAUGUUCAUCUUUGACGAGAUGGACAAGAUGCACCCUGGCCUGAUCGACUGUAUAAAGCCCUACCUGGAAUACUAUGAAAAUCUGGAUGGGGUCACGUACCGCCAAGCCAUCUUCAUCUUCCUCAGCAAUGCUGGAGGGGAGAAAAUCACGCAGGUGGCCCUGGACUUCUGGAAAGCAGGUCGAGACCGAGAGGAGAUUAAAUUGCAUGACUUAGAACCAGCUCUCUCCCUGUCCGUGUUCAACAACAAGAACAGUGGGUUGUGGCACUCUAGUCUGAUAGACAAGAACCUAGUUGACUUCUUUGUCCCCUUCCUGCCUCUGGAGUACAGACAUAUACUGCUGUGUGGCAUGGCAGAGAUGUCCGCCAAGGGCCUGGAGCCCAACCAGGACGUGGUCGACCAGAUGGCCAGAGACUUGGUCUAUUCCCCAAAGAGCGAGAAGAUCUUCUCCGUCAAGGGCUGCAAGACCAUCAACGGAAGGCUAGAUUACUUCACAUAGUGCAUGUUUGAGGCCAACUACGUUGCUGCCGGCGGCUGCAGACUGACUGAUCUAAUCAUAAUGAGUUGUAAUUUAGGAUGAAAGGUGGUUUGUAGGUCUGAUCAGUCAUUCUGCAUUUGCUGACGGUAAUGUAGACGAUCUCCGAGGGAAUAGCUACUGUAUCUAUCUACCUCCUACUCUACUGUGUGCACUUUCUUUUUUAAAUGUAAAAAAAAAAAAUGUUGCCCCUUUUUCUCCCCAA